AUGAUUGAAAAUCUUUGCAAGAAGAAGAAUGAUGCAUUUCGUUGUAUGAGUAACGCAGCUGGAGAAUGCGCCCAAUAUUACCAACAGAUGUUGAUCAUGGGAAUGGACAUUACAUCUAUCCGAAUCGCCUAUACAGGACUUUGCGAUGACAAGCAAGAAUUCAUAGCUGGUCUGCCAUGUUUCUACACUCACUACGCCGAUGUGGCCAAUGUAUACGAUGGGAUUGUCAACCGAAGCGUGGCCCUUAGAGACAAACUAUGCACGUAUGAAAUGUCUCUUGAUGAAUAUUUCCAACAAUACUGUCCAAUCUGGAAGGCGGGAAUCGAUGACGUCAUCAAGCUGGUACAGUCAUGUGAUCCAAGCUUCGUGGAAGUUCUACUCAAUUAUAAUUACGCUGUACUUCCGGAUAAAUGUAAGAUCAUCACGGAUACAACUUCAGCCUACGACCAUAUGUACAACAGUGGAUCUUUUACAACUGCCCGUCUCUCCAAAUAUAUUGUUAACACCUUUAUUUUCCUUUUCGUCUAUUUUACUUUUGUUUUGCUUCACCGCUUCUUUUAUUUCUUUUUCCCUUUAACCUUCUUUCUCCAUUUCAUCAAAUCCUUUCUUUCUUCCUUUUUCGUUUCCUUUUUAUUGCUACAGAUUUUUUAUUUCCUUUUAUUCUUUCUUCGUCACACUUCAGUUUAA